CCUGGCUUAUUCCGCGUAGCUUUCCACAUCGGGAUGGAGUCGAGGCCAUGGCAUUGUUGCAACCCAAGACUCCCAAGUAGCUCCGAUCCUGAAUUAUGUCUGAAAGAAAAGAAGCGUGCUUCCGGAUUCCGGAGUCCUCAGUUCAUACUUUCCAACCCCGAAGCACCACUUGGCAGUACCUCGUCCCAUUCCCAACAUGCGGUCCCCUACAGCACUUAUAAGAUGUACCUCGCUGGCAAGGAGCGUCCAGCCACCUGCUGUUUCUGCCGUUCUCGCCCGGCCAUAUAGCUCUGAGCGUCCUUCAGCGAGUCCUUCAACCAGGCGCCCCCCACUCCCGGCUCGUCCACCUCGUGCUACCGCCCUGUCGACAGAGAAGAAGCCCACUGCCGUUGCAGAAUAUAUCUUGACGACGCUCGAUGCGCUGAUCAACUGGGGGCGGCAGUCGUCGCUCUGGCCGCUGAGCUUCGCGACGGCCUGCUGCGGCAUCGAGAUGAUGCACGCGUCGAUGCCGCGGUACGACAAUGACCGGCAGGGCAUCAUCUUCCGGGCGUCGCCGCGGCAGGCCGACGUCCUGAUCGUCGCCGGCACCGUGACCAACAAGAUGGCGUCCGCCGUGCGGCUGUGCUACGACCAGAUGCCCGACCCGAAGUGGGUCAUCAGCAUGGGCACCUGCGCCAACGGCGGCGGCUACUACCACUACAGCUAUUCCGUCGUCCGCGGGGUCGAUCGCUUGAUUCCGGUCGACGUCUACGUCCCCGGCUGCCCGCCCACGGCCGAGGCGCUGCUGUACGGCAUCUUCCAGCUGCAGAGGAAGAUGCGCAGGACGAAGGUCACCAGGAUGUGGUAUCGGAAGUAA